GAAGAUUUUCUGAAGUCAGCCUACAGGUCCAGGCACAAGAGCUUUUGCAGCACACCUUAAAGUGAACGAUGAAGAUUGUGAUAGUACUAGCCUGUUUUCUAGGCAAACACAAUGCUUUCCCAUUAUACCUGAACAACUAUGCAAGCAACAGUGUGGAGUUUUUGGGGUACUCUGGACUUGGCCACAAUGUUGUUAGUUACAGACAACAGGCAUUGCCAUAUGUCCCCUCUUAUGCACCUGUAUACCAACAACAACCAGGCCUUAGGGUGACACAGCAGGUUGCUAGGCAACCUUCAAUACUCAUGCCAGCACACGGACCAAUGAAUCCUCAAAUAGUAAUGCCAGUGCAAUGGCCGAUGGAACCUCCUAGCCUAAUGCCAGCGCAAGAUCCAAUGAAUCCUCAAGUGUUUUUCCACAAUCUAGGAAACCUACCCCCUCAAGUAGUCCUGACUCCACAGAUCAAUCUAGUUCCUAAUGGACCAUCUCAGCAGGAUCAAGCACCUCAGUCACCAAAUCAGCCUCCUCAAGAUCCUCAAAUGCAGCCACAACAACCGCGGCUGCCUAACCAGGUGUUGCCUCGACAACAUAACCAGGGCUUUCCAUAUUACUUUGCAUAUCAAUUCCCUCAGCAGCAAAGCCAUCUACCAAAACCAACUCAACUGCCAGGGGAGCAGCAGACACAACAACCAACCAAUCAGCCAGCCUCCGGGUCAUUACAGAAAAUAUCACCUCUAGAAGGACAGGGCAUUCUGUCAGAAGCAUCUGUUGCACCAACCACUCCAGCAUACUCUGAUACCAUCUGAUACCAAUACUGUUACU